CAGCGUUCAACGUUCAACGUACCAUCGACGAUUGUUUUGGGUCUCGCCGAUAAAGAGAUCACGACAUGACAGAGCUCUCAAUCCUUCACUUUAACGAUGUCUACCGGGUUACUCCACAAAAGCUUUCAUCGAGUUCAUCUGAGACUGUUGAUGUAACUCAGUUUGCAUCGCUGCUAGAAUCUGUCCGAGAUCAAUGGUCUUUGCGUUCAGACGGCAAGAAGGAUGGUCUCUGCUUGUUUUCUGGGGAUGUCUUUGCGCCUUCUGUAGAGAGUACAGUAACAAGGGGAAGUCAUAUGGUGCCGGUGAUGAACAUCCUGGCACCAGAUGUAUCUUUAACAGGAAAUCACGAUUUUGACUUCGGUUACCCUCAUCUAUCUAAAUUGAUCCAGGAUACCAAGUUCCCAUGGGUGCUCAGCAAUAUCAUUGACGAGAACACGGGUAAAGUCCCAGAACAUCUGCACGCGUUCCAAAUCAUAGAACGCAAGGGAGUCCGUGUGGGUAUCAUUGGACUCGUUGAGAAGGAAUGGAUUGCCACAGUUUCUUCUUGGCCAGACAACUUUAAAUACCAGGACAUGGCGGAAACUGGACAAGACCUGUCCAAGCAGCUGCGUGACCCAGAUGGCGAGCAUAAAUGCGAUAUCAUUAUUGCACUGACACAUGCCCGUGUUCCCAAUGAUCUCUCUCUUGCUAAAGCACUCCACGCAUGCUCGCCAUCUGCACAGCAUAGUGCGUCCAUAGCCGACCAACACGGAGCUGACAUUGUUCUUGGCGGUCAUGACCAUCUCUAUUUCGUAUCCAAAGGGACUGAAAAAUGGGAAGGAUACGAUCUCGAUCAGAAGGUGUUGGGUGCCGAAAAGGAUGAAGGCGACGUCCUGGUGAUAAAAAGCGGGACCGACUUUCGAGACCUUAGCGAGUUUACCCUCACAUUAUCUGAUACACCGGAAGGCAGUGUGAGACGGAAGGUCAUCAGCGGCAUUUGCGGGAAGUAUCAUCGGACGCGAUCUGACUUACCGUCGCAUAUGGCACUGAAGAAAAUAUUGGGAUCCUUGCUGUCGGACGUUUCUGAAUCGCUAAAAGCACCUGUAUGCAUCACCGAAGUUGAGCUGAAUUUGCAUUCAGACAUUAUUCGCACUCGCGAGUCAGCUGCACCGAACUGGUUCGCAGACGUCUUGCGCCAUACCUAUGAUGACGCUCUUAGCAGCAAUGGGGAACGUACCGAAACUGACGGCGUUUUCAUUUGUGCAGGCACUCUUCGGGGUGAUUCUGUCUAUGCCCCUGGUGAAAUCACGUUGGGGAAUAUCAUGGAGAUACUUCCAUUUGAAGAUCCCCUUGUGGUCAUCGAGCUCGAUGGUGCCGCUAUAUGGGAUGCACUUGAGUCAGCAUUGUCGACGUGGCCAGCUCAGGAAGGGCGCUUCCCUGUAAUAUCAGGUUUCCGAGUAUCAUGGGAUUCUAAACGCCCAGCUGGCCAACGGGUACUUGGUGUGUGGCUGAUACCCGAGUCAAGUCCCACUACGCCGGCCGACAACGAGUCGAGGCCCCCCAAUGAAGGGGAUGCCCCAAUUCCUCGUAGUCGUGAGGGUCGCAAGUACAUAAUGGUGACCAGAGAGUAUAUGGCUCAAGGCCAUGACGGAUAUGGUGCCAUGAAAGGGGCGAAGUAUCUCAUUGAUGACGAAAGUGGGAUGAUAAUGAGCAGUGUUGUGAGAAAAUAUUUACUGGGCUCCCGCUUCGUCAGCCGGAUGGCUCGCCUCAAAGACAAUGAAGGCGGCGCGCCACCUAAGAGUAGCGUCGACAGCAAGGAUGGCACUAGUGCUCACGGGCAUCUCCAUCACAAAACGUCGAAUAUCAUUGAUCGCGAAAUGCACCGCCAAACCGUAGCGCGGAAGUGGCAGCAUGCCGCGCAGCUCGCAACUCGAGCUAUUAAAGAUCUACACCAUCAUCCCCACAGAAGGGUUCGUGAUCACCUUGGGGUAUCAGGACGCGAACAUAUGAGCGACGUCGAUUGCUACGACGGAAGUAGGGCAAGGAAGGGUGAAAAGUCGCUGCCAUCAGUAGGACAGGAUGAAGACAAAAGCAAAAAUCCCAUAGAAGAUCUCCUGGUGAUACACCCCGAGGUCGAUGGUCGUUUGAAGGAUGAGUCCGCAGCAGCUGCUUGAUUGAAUGGAAUGUUAUUCAAUACAAAUAGCUAGAAUCUACAAGCUGUAACUUUGUUGAGACCAGAGAGGAAGAUUACCAACCGACAGUCAAGGAACUGGGACAUAUUACAUUUUGCUCUAUUGCAUGCAACGGGUUUGCCAUGUUCUAGUAGCUAGCUACCACGAAUGAAGCGUAACCAGACCAAAUAAAACUCAGCUGAUUCUGUGCGAGGAUAUGUCACUAACGUGCAGGGCGGACGCGACGAGUCCCGCAAAGGCCGAGUGUCGUCAAGCGAUGGGCGUUGGAGCUAUAGGGGUGGUCGGGACAUUUACUUUCGGUGGUGGUGACCCAGAAAGUGUGCGCGCGUAAUGUGCCACUAGCCCAACGGCAGAGCCAAGGCCAGCGCCUCCAAGAAUAAGGUUUGCAACGCUAGCACGUUUCCAGAGUAUUGCUGGGGUUAGUACGGCAGACAAUAUCGCUCCUAUAGUGGCAUGAUCAUCUGCACGAAUGGCGGAGGUGUCGUAUGCAGCUUGCAUUCUUCGCGUUCUCAACUUUUCUUCUGGGGAGCUGCUGCUACGGACAUACUCAACCAAACCACCGGCCGCGAUUCCAGAAGCUCCUCCCACCCAAGUAGCCCUGAGCAAGCGGUUCAAAGCGAAGGUCGAGCGCCCCUUGCGGUAAAGCACGAACGCUGCGUAUGCAGGAGGGGUAAGCAAAGACAGGAUCUGAUAACCAUUGGUCAUGCCGCGACGAAUAAGGACUUCUCGAUCUGCACUAGCAGCCAUUAUAACUUCGUGUGUGGUUGGAGGGUAAUAGGUUAGUAGCAGAAUGAAAAUGUAAAC